AUGAAGUCACCUGCAGCCCCGCACCCUGCUCGAACUGGAAUGGAAGCUCCACCGGACGAUGAUGGAGCACAACAAACUUCCCUAGUCGUCGAGCCGAGGAACAUUUGGUUAGAUGGAUGUGGUGACCGACCUUCGACCUGCAGAACAUCUCGAGAGCAACGUGCCUGUAAAAGUGGUCCAGCAGAGAGGGGCACCCAUACUUGCCGCCAGGCAGAACCCUCCUCCUGGCAGACCUUUCCCGCGUAUCCAUCUCCCCCAUCGCGUACCCGAAGACAGCAGAAACGCACCGGCAGCAUCCACCUGGCCGCCGACGGAGAUCAGACUCCACUGUCGGAUUGUGUUCAAGGAAAUGAUAUUGAAGAGCAAGCUUCAGAACCACCUACGUUUCAUCAGGAAGCCUCUGCGUUUGCGCGUGCCCCUUUUUCGCUCGACCUCUUCCAGAUUGCUGAUGCAUCCCACCCUCCGGGCACUUCCACUCACGACCCUCACACUUACACGAUCUCAAGGCCAUUGAAGAGCUUGCGGGCACGCUUCAUCAGCACGAUAUGUGCGUUUUUCUAUGUUUCCACUCUCACUUUCUCCGUUGCCUUUCUAUAUAUCGAAGAUACGUCAUGUCGUCAAGCAUUUGCCGAGCGUAGGACAUUCGAGUGUCUACUAUGGGUUGCUGUACACGUCUGCGCCAUCGCCUUCUACAUCUGGGUAGGCAUUAACCCCGGCUACAUCCGUAAACCUGAAGAGUACCCCGAAGGCCUGUCAACGACGUUUCCAGUUUCUGUACCCGCAGAGGGCGGUUCCAUCCAUCGUAUUUCCUUCAUACCCAGUCACACUAGCGACAGCGAGAAGGACGGUCACCAAAGCAAUGUGACUGGACACAGCUUUCUGGAAGUUUGCACCCAGCAUACGCUUUCUCCCGAAACAGGGUGUGACAAGGGUGGCAAAAUGAGGAGAGCAACCUCUGCUGUGUCGAUGUAUGAAGACUUGGCGGCAGCCACGUGUGCAACGGACGUGGUUGCAAUCACGUGUUCAACUGACAUGGCUGCAAUCACGUGUUCAGCUGAUCAGUGUGGAAAUAAAAGCCAGUGCUCAUCGACGUGCUAUGUUGGUGAAGGGAAGACCCCCUCACCACGUGACUCGUCGAAUUCCCAGAGACGGGCGCAUGCCGCGCACUGGGAAAGCGGGGCUCUCUGGAAAGAAACGAACGUCGACGGGAACGACGAUCCCAUUGAUUUCGGAUGUAGCGUUUCCGAAAAACAAACGACUGCUGGCGUGGAAACUCGAGACAGUCUUAUUGUCACUAACUCAGGCUUUUGUGUGCUUGACCGGCGAUGUUAUACGUUUUGCAUUUACUGUCGGGUACUCCAGCCACUCCGUACACGGCACUGCGCAGAGUGCAAUCAUUGUGUUCUCACUUAUGACCACCACUGCGCCUUUCUAGGAUGCUGCAUCGGAGAGUUCAACCACUGGAGAUUCUACCUCUUUCUUCUUUCACAGACAAUUGCUGUCACAUGGGAUUCGGCAGCGGCAGGACUCCUGGCCUACCACACGUACUUGAUCCUCUCCAACCAGACAACGUGGGACUGGCAUUUAACCUGGAAACACGGCGACGAGAUACCGUUCAACGUCUUCGACAAUGACUACUAUGACUGUGGUUGUUGA